GUCCGGCGCCUCACACAACCUUCCGACGAGUCACCGAGCAAAGACGCAGACAUGGAAAAGGAUGCUCGACCCAACUGGGACAGUCCCUUGCAGUUCGUAUUGGCCUGUGUUUCCUAUGCGGUCGGACUGGGCAACGUGUGGAGAUUCCCGUACCUGUGCCAGAUGCACGGCGGAGGGGGUUUCUUGAUUCCAUAUCUGGUGAUGCUGUUUAUUGUGGGUGUGCCGUUUUUCUACAUGGAGCUCGCCAUUGGUCAAAAGAUGCGCUUGGGAAGCAUCGGCGCCUGGUCAGCCAUUAGCCCUUAUUUGGGAGGAGUGGGUCUUGCUAGUGUUAUGGCAUCCCUGUAUCUUUGCCUCUACUACAACAUCAUCAAUGCAUGGAGUUUCUGGUACCUCUUUAAUUCAUUUCAAUCUGUGCUGCCCUGGUCAGAGUGCCCUGUUAAUUCCAACCUGACGGGACCCAUAGAAGAGUGCCAAAAGGGUUCUCCGACUCAGUACUUCUUUUUUAGAGAAACACUGAACAUUUCUUCUUCUAUUGAAGAGGCUGGAGGCAUUCACACAAGCCAGGCUUUGUGUCUCCUGCUGGCCUGGGCGAUAACCUAUCUCUUCAUUAUCCAUGGAGUAAAGUCAUCUGGGAAGGUGGUUUACUUUACUGCAACAUUUCCGUAUGUGGUCCUCAUUAUCUACCUCAUCAGGGGUUUGACUCUUCCUGGUGCCAUCAAUGGCAUCACAUAUAUGUUCACCCCCAAGAUUGAAGAACUGGCCAAUCCCACUGCAUGGAUAAAUGCUGCCACUCAAAUUUUUUUUUCUCUGGGUUUGGGAUUUGGCUCGCUUAUAGCAUUUUCCAGCUACAACCAGUACAACAACAAUUUUGAGCACCAGGCCAUCAUUGUCUCCAUAAUCAACAGUGGAACCUCAAUCUUUGCUUCCAUCGUCACAUUUUCCAUCUACGGGUUUAAAGCAACAGUUAACUAUGAGAACUGCCUGGAGAGGACACGCAUAUUGCUGCUAAAUACCUUUAAUCUCGCAGAGGACACUAUCAACAUGGACAAUGUGUUCGACUGGGUUAAAACACUCAAUGCAACAUACCCGGAGCAGUUUGCUGAACUUGGCAAUAAACUGGAAGACUGUGACAUUAGGGAUGAACUAGACACAGCAGUGGAAGGGGUUGGUCUUGCCUUCAUUGUUUACACCGAAGCCAUUCAAAACUUGCCCCUGCCUCAGUUAUGGUCAGUGCUGUACUUCUUCAUGCUCCUGCUUCUGGGAAUGGGCAGCAUGCUAGGCAACAUGACCGCCAUCACCACCCCACUACGUGACUUUAAGAUGCUGUCUAAUGUUAGCAAUGAAGUGUUAAACGGGACAUUGUGUCUAAUCCUGCUGCUGCUCGGGCUGGGCUUUACCACCCCAUCUGGAAAUUACUGGUUUACCAUGUUCAAUGAAUAUGGAGCAUCUUUCGCCCUGCUCUUUGUCGUCAUCAUUGAGAUUCUAACUGUCAGUUACCUUUAUGGAAUUAAAAGGUUUGAAAAAGACAUAGAAGACAUGAUUGGCCACCGUCCAAAUUGGUACUUUAAGAUCAUGUGGAAGAUAGUCGGUCCCCUAGUCCUAAUAUGCCUCUUCAUCUUCUAUAUCGUGAGCUAUAUUAGAGGAGGGACACCCACUUACCAAGCAUGGAACAAGGAGCUGGGAAAGUCAGUGGUGAUGGAAUAUCCUGUUUUUGGUCAAGUCUGCAUUGCAAUUCUGCUGGUGUCUCCAGCCAGCUGUGUUCCCCUCAAAGCUCUGUUCGUGUACUACACAAGCAGGAAACGGAGUUCUAGCAAAGAUGGCCAUUCAGUCAGCACCAUAUCUGCUUAGUGUGCCUACAUUCGGAUGAUAAUUUGCACCUUUCGUGGUACGGGCCUACUAGGUACCAGUCAUCUCGCUUCCCUUAAUUCUAUCAAAAUUUGUUAGUGUGGCACCAUUUCACAACGGAUUUCUCAAGGCACUUUACACAGGUCACAGCGGGUCUAGAACCAUGCUUCUCACCCACACGUGAGCAAGGAAAACCUUCUUCUGAGGAAGAAAGAUCCAAUAGAAUUGCUGAUAUAUUAAUAUUUAUUCAUAUUAAUAGUGGCAAAUGACUAAAGUUCAUAGCUGCGCUAAACCAUCUGGAAAGUUAGUGUUAUUUGUUAAAGUUGUAUUGUUUACCACCCCCCAAUUAUUUACAGUAUAUUCCAUUAUAUGGAUUUUUUUGAUUUAUAUAUAUUUUAAAAGGACCAACAUUUAUUUUUGUAUUAAAUAACAUUCAUGAUCCAGCAGCAAUUCUAUUGUAUAAAGUAUGAUGAUGGUAUUGCGAUUAUUGCCUCGAAUGUCCUGAAAUAUGCAAUGUAAAAUGUGUAUAUACUGUAGAUAGCUGUCAUCUGUUGAAAUAAGUAUACAAUAUUCAAUAUUCUGACACAAACUGAUGUUCAGAAACUGUUGUAUGCAUUUCCCCAUUUGUAUUUUCUAUUUUUAAAAAAACUAAUAAAAUACUACUGUAUGUAAUGCA